CCCAUCUCUCUGAGAAUUGGCGAACGCAAGAAUGGAACAUUAUUCUGAAACGGGAGCAGUCAUGUCAGCCUCUGAAGGCCAUCAACAGCUAACAACCGUAAUUCACACAUCCGGCGCCCCCGGAGGACCCCCUCACGGUCACGGGGACCAACAAGCGACGCUCGACGGAGAAAGAAACGCUUCAACGCAGCUCAUACACCCUCAACAAGGACAAGAGACCAUUUUCUUUCCAAGUGCCGAAUCGGGAGGCGAGUACUACCACGCAAACUUGACCAAUCAGGCGACGUUGCCUGUCACUCAGACAACCAAUUACAUCACGCCGAUCCAAACACUCCCUGCGAGUAUGACGUCACUUUCUCCUGGUGCAGCCAAUCCGGGGAUGGUGAUGAUGAUGGCCAAUGCUCCAGGAUUGGGUGGAAUACCGAGAAUGCAGUUGCCGGGUGAGGUGAUGGAGGAGGAGCCAUUGUAUGUGAAUGCUAAACAGUAUCAUCGGAUUCUGAAGAGGAGACAAGCAAGGGCGAAGUUGGAGGCUGAGGGGAAGCUGCCGAAAGCGAGACGAAAAUACCUCCACGAAUCAAGACACAAACAUGCACUCAAUCGACGACGAGGUGAGGGCGGCCGCUUCCAAACGAAAGGCAACGAUCCUCACAACAUCCUCGCUCUCCACGGUCUUAACCCAGAAAGCAUGGCCGCUGCUACGGAAGUCCUCCAGGCGAGAAUCAUGCAACCCCUCAACGGAAACAGAAACACCAACGGAGCAACCCUCGUAGAAGCAUCAAGGAACGAAGUCAACUUGCAUCAUCACUUGACAGAUGUAGUUGCUAUCAAGAGCGAGGAGAGACAGAAGACAAUGCCGGAAGGCGCGGUCACUGUACAGAUUGCUGUAGGAGAGACGGUCAGCGAUUGUGAAGAGAACGCUGUAUCUAGAGGAGGAGAACACGAUAUGUGUGCUUUAACGCUUCAAGGACGACGCGAAGACGUGGUGUCCUCUGCUAAGGUUAUACCGGAGUUUUAGAAGCUAAGAUAUUGUCGCAACAGUAUGAAGAUAAGAGAUGCAUCCGACAUAUAGUGAAUUGUGAUGUUAAUGUGUGGGGCUGGGUAGGUCAUCACCGUGUGAGUGUGUGUGUUCGUGUUGUGUGUGUGUACAGUACGGUGUAUGGUAUUGUGUAUGUACACAGACUGUUUGACAUACUCUUUCUCUCUUUAGUGGUAAUCACAAGUUGUGUUACUGUAUUAUAAUGUAGCAGUACGAAGUUGAUAAUUGAUAUUAAUUAAGAA